ACUUGUUAUCACUCGCGCGUUUGUGGACGGUGGUGCUCGCGGUAACCCAAAAAAUCUGCGUGCGUGGUACCAGAAGAGAAUUUCGAUCCGGUGCGGAGAUUUCCGUCAUAUCUUUUGUACAUCUCGGUGCGGUGCACGUUUUUACUAGAACCCGGCUAGAGGCGACUUUAAAAAAUCAGGAUGAGUAGCAAUCUACUGACGAAUAUAUCGUACGAUUUGUUGUUGGCGUCCGAAAAAGACUGCUCGAGUCCCGAAAAAGAUGAACCCAAGACAGCAGAAGAAAACAAUUUAAUCAACGGCCAAUAUAUAGGACACCGAGAAGAUGCACAGGGUUUGCUCAAAAAUAACGAUUUAGCAACCAAAAAUAUGGAAAUUGUCUGGAAGAACGUGGCGAUUUUCGUCGUUUUGCACAGCGUGACCGUUUAUGGGUUAUACCUAUUGUUCACCUUCCAACUGAAGAUUGCCACGGUAUUAUUUGCAUAUUUUUACACAAUGUAUGCGGCAUUUGGAAUCACAGCCGGAGCUCACAGAUUGUGGGCUCACAGGUCCUACACAGCCAAACUACCAUUAAGAAUUUUUCUAAUGCUGGCUCAGAGUGCCGCUUUGCAGAACGACAUUCACGAAUGGGCAAGAGAUCACCGAGUCCAUCAUAAAUUCACCGACUCGGAUGCGGAUCCGCACAAUGCAAAGCGAGGAUUUUUCUUCUCACACGUCGGCUGGCUUAUGUGCAAAAAGCAUCCUGAUGUUUUCACCAAAGGGAAAACUGUCGAUAUGUCCGAUGUGCUGAAUGACCCAGUAGUACGCUUCCAAAGAAAAUACUACCUUCCUUUGAUUUUGCUGAUGAACCUUACGGUCCCUACUUACGUCACAUACUGUUGGAUUGGAGAGGAUUUCUGGACAUCGGUGAUAGUCACCUUUGGAAGAUAUGUGCUUUCCCUGAAUGGCACUUGGUUGGUGAACAGUGCGGCCCACAUUUGGGGCAUGAAACCCUAUGACCAAAACAUUAAACCGACAGAAAAUAAGUUUGUGGCUGCUGUGGCCUUUGGAGAAGGCUGGCAUAACUACCACCAUGUGUUCCCUUGGGACUACAAGGCAGCCGAGCUGGGGAAUUACAAGUGGAACUUUACCACUUGCUUCCUGGAUUUUAUGGCGAAAAUUGGGUGGGCCACUGAUUUGAAGACGACAUCUGAAGAAAUCAUCAGAAAAAGAAUGCUUCGUACUGGAGACAACAGUUUGCGAUUGACUCUCCAGAACCAAGAAUCGAAACCGUUAUCUGAGCGUGACAUUCGUGCUCACAGUGAGCAUCAGCAUCCUGAUGAUGGAGACUUGAUUUGGGGCUGGGGUGACAAGGACAUGGACCAAGAAGAAAUCAACGCAGUCAGAAGAUCCAAUAGGAAAAAAGCGUGAUUUUAAGAUUGAAGUGAUUUCUUUUGCUGUAGAACAUUGCAAGUUCAUGUGAUAAUAUUUAUAUAUCUAUUAUUGUAAUAAAUAAAUGCAUUCUUGUUCAUCAAGAAUUGCUGGUUUGGGCGAUGA